CCGCGCCUGCGCAGUCCGGGAGAGGCUUUUAAUUCCAUUGUGGAGAGGACGGCGUUAUUUUUAUUAACUGGAGGCGACGGCGGCGGCGGCGGCGGCGGUACCCCCAGGCCUCCUCCGGGGCAUGAAAGUCGGCGGCGGGUUCCUGAGCGGCGGCGGCGGUCCCGGCAGCAGCGGCGGCGGCGGCGGCGGCGGCGGCAGGAGGGCGGAGAUGGAGCCCACCUUCCCCCCGGGGAUGGUCAUGUUCAACCACCGGCUCCCCCCGGUCACCAGCUUCACCCGGCCGGCGGGGUCGGCCGCCCCUCCCCCGCAGUGCGUGUUAUCCUCCGCGACCUCCGCAGCCCCGGCCGCCGAGCCGCCCCCCCCGCCGCCGGCCCCGGACAUGACUUUCAAGAAGGAGCCGGCGGCGUCGGCGUCAGCGGCGGCCUUCCCCUCGCAGAGGACCUCCUGGGGGUUCCUGCAGUCCCUGGUCAGCAUCAAGCAGGAGAAGCCCGCGGACCCCGAGGAGCAGCCGCAGCCCCACCACCACCACCACCACCACCACCACCACCACCACUACGGGGGGCUGUUCGCCGGGGCCGAAGAGAGACCUGCAGGCCUCGGAGGCGGCGACGGGGGCGGCAGCCACGGCGUCAUCCAGGACCUCAGCAUUCUCCACCAGCACGCCCAGCAGCAGCCAGCCCAGCACCACCGCGACGUGCUGCUCAGCGGCACCGGCAGGACUGACGACCACCACGGCGGCGGCGGCGGCGGCGGCGGCGGCAGCGAGGAGCCAAAGCAGGACACUACCGUCAAAAAGGCAAAGAGGCCAAAGCCAGAAUCUCAGGGAAUCAAAGCCAAGAGGAAGCCAAGCGCAUCUUCCAAACCUCCUCUGGUCGGAGACGGAGAAGGCGCCGUCCUCUCCCCAAGUCAGAAACCUCACAUCUGCGACCACUGCAGUGCUGCUUUCAGAAGCUCCUACCACCUGCGGAGGCACGUCCUCAUUCACACCGGAGAGAGACCCUUCCAGUGCAGCCAGUGCAGUAUGGGCUUCAUCCAGAAAUACCUGCUGCAGAGACACGAGAAGAUCCACAGCCGAGAGAAGCCGUUCGGAUGCGAUCAGUGCAGCAUGAAGUUCAUCCAGAAGUACCACAUGGAGAGACACAAGAGGACGCAUAGUGGAGAAAAGCCAUACAAAUGUGACACUUGCCAACAGUAUUUUUCAAGGACUGACAGGCUGUUGAAGCACAGGCGCACGUGUGGCGAAGCCAUAGCUAAAGGAGCCGCUAGUGCAGAACCUGGGUCGUCGACCCAUAACAGUAUGGGUAACCUGGCUGUGUUGUCUCAGGGAAAUACAAGCUCCUCCAGGAGGAAAACGAAGUCAAAAGGCCUAGCUGUCGAAAGCAAGGAACAUAAGGCCGGUAAAACGAACGAAUCACAGAUUUCAAAUAACAUAAACAUGCAGAGUUACUCCGUAGAAAUGCCCACCGUGUCUUCCAGUGGAGGCAUAAUUGGCACCGGUAUUGAUGAACUGCAGAAAAGGGUGCCAAAAUUGAUCUUUAAGAAAGGAAGCAGAAAGAACACCGAUAAAAACUACCUUAACUUUGUGUCGCCGUUGCCAGACAUGGUUGGACAGAAGUCCUUGUCUGGGAAACCCAGUGGCUCACUUGGCAUCGUAUCGAAUAAUAGCGUGGAGACCAUUAGUCUUCUCCAAAGUACCAGUGGCAAACAAGGUCAGAUAAGCAGUACUUACGAUGAUGCCAUGCAGUUUUCAAAGAAAAGAAGAUACUUACCAACUGCCAGCAGCAACAGUGCCUUUUCUAUAAACGUAGGACACAUGGUCUCCCAACAGUCCGUCAUUCAGUCUGCAGGUGUCAGUGUUUUGGACAAUGAGACCCCAUUGUCCCUCAUUGACUCCUCGGCUCUCAAUGCUGAAAUUAAGUCUUGUCAUGACAAGUCUGGAAUUCCCGACGAGGUUUUACAAAGUAUUUUGGAUCAGUACUCCAACAAAUCGGAAAGCCAGAAAGAGGAUCCUUUCAGUAUAACGGAACCGCGAGUGGAUUUACACACCUCAGGAGAACACUCGGAAUUGGUUCAGGAAGAAAAUUUGAGCCCAGGCACCCAAACACCUUCAAACGAUAAGGCGAGCAUGUUGCAAGAAUACUCCAAAUACCUCCAACAGGCUUUUGAAAAAUCCACUAAUGCAGGUUUUACUCUUGGACACGGUUUCCAGUUUGUCAGUUUGUCUUCACCUCUCCACAACCACACUUUAUUUCCAGAAAAACAGAUAUACACUACAUCUCCUUUGGAGUGUGGUUUCGGCCAAUCUGUUACCUCAGUGUUGCCAUCUUCAUUGCCAAAGCCUCCUUUUGGGAUGUUGUUUGGAUCUCAACCAGGUCUUUAUUUAUCUGCUUUGGAUGCUACACAUCAGCAGUUGACACCUUCCCAGGAGCUGGAUGAUCUGAUAGAUUCUCAGAAGAAUCUAGAGACUUCGUCAGCCUUCCAGUCCUCAUCUCAGAAAUUGACUAGCCAGAAGGAACAACAGAAAAAUUUAGAGUCCUCAACAAGCUUUCAGAUUCCAUCUCAGGAGUUAGCUAGCCAGAUAGAUCCUCAGAAAGACAUAGAGCCUAGAACAACGUACCAGAUUGAGAACUUUGCACAGGCGUUUGGUUCUCAGUUUAAGUCGGGCAGCAGGGUGCCAAUGACCUUCAUCACUAACUCUAAUGGAGAAGUGGACCAUAGAGUAAGGACUUCAGUGUCAGAUUUCUCAGGGUAUACAAACAUGAUGUCUGAUGUAAGUGAGCCAUGUAGUACAAGAGUAAAGACGCCCACCAGCCAAAGUUACAGGUAAGGUCCCAAAAAGUGACCAGGCUGGAGGUCUAAUGUAAUUUUGUUUUAUUUUGAGAACACUGCCAUUGGAAUGUUUCUACACGAUCCUAUUAAGAAUAAUGUAAUGCCCUUUCAAUGCAACUUUUCAUAUUUAGUUUAUUUUGUUAGCGUGAUUUUAGCUCUGUUUGUAUUAUGAUUUUUAAAUCAAAAUCAAUAGAUUAAAAAUAGUUUGACAUUCAAAGUGACAAUGUUUAGCAAUCAAAUUUACAUGUAUAGAUCGUCAGGGAAUAGCCCAAAAGUUUUAAAUGCAAAAAAAAAAAAAAAACAAAAAAAACCACAAAAACAAAAAAAGCCCCCCCCCCAUAAUAAAAUAAAAACCCUACAAAAAAAAACAAAACAGAACAAAAAACACAUAAAAAAAAAAAAAAAAAACUUUGUUGCUAGGAUUAAGGUUAUUCUAAUUGCUUUACUCUCAGGAAAGUGUAAUAACGCAUGGGAAUUCUGUACGUUAUCACUGUAAUGGAAUAUCCAAUUUACAGAUAGUAUGAUAAUACAUUUCAUCAUUUAAGUAAGGGAUCGAAAACAUUUCAAAUUGCUCUAUCUGGGCAUCAUGAUACACAUUUCAUCAUUUUUAAGUAAGGGAUCGAAAACAUUUCAAAUUGCUGUCUCCAUCUAGGCUGAUCCAAAAUUCUGAGAUGUUGGCUACCUAUAUUUUGUUGCAGCUUUUAAAUGUACUCUGAACUUCCAAACCAUUCAUUCCAGCCUGGUAGAACAAAUAUUCUUGGAUCUUUGAUCAAAGCCUGGAAUGAUAGCUUUAAUAAAAGAAGAAAAAGAAGAAGAAGAAGAAGAAGAAGAAGAAGAAGAAGGAAAAAAAAAAAAAUAGCACCCUCUCCUUAUCCCAACUGUUAACAAGGCUGUAGUUCCAUUAGAAGUUAUGAUAUCCAGCAGUGUUGACACCCAAGUGGUUGGUUGGUACCAGUAUUAGAACCCAAGUUGGAAUUACAUAAUUCUUUGAAAUUUGGGGUAUGCAUUAUUUAUUAUACAUGGCUUAACAUAUUGUUCUCUUGUCUGUGUUAUUACAUGUCACCCACACUUCUGUUUUUUUGUUCUUGUUCUUGGCCUACCCUCUUUCUUAGAGUUCUGAGCCUGCCUUGUUCCCUCUCCUAUCUAGACAGUUUCAAUUUUAGAAUGAUUUACAUUCCAUUAGGUAAUUCAUUAGGCAUUUUAUAUGCCUUAUGGCAUUCAAAUACUAAACAGUAGGAUUAAAAAAAAACAACAACAACCACCCACAUACCUUUUUAAAAAAAUAAAACCUGUACAGACUUCCAUGUAUAAUAAAGCCCCACCUAUCCCGAGCUACGGAUACUAAGGUUGUUAAUUCCAACUAGUGACAUUGCUAACGCGAGAGGUAAGAGUGUCUGCAUUUACUAAUGACAUCAGAACCUCUUUGUGAAAUUGCAGCCUUUAAUGUACAUUUUAAAAGGGUGCAUUAGUCAGUAUUGUACAGGGGUCUUGUAAAGUCAUCAAAACUUGCUAUGAACGCUAAUUGCCAUUUGAGGCUACUGAUGAGACAGUAGCUCUGCUCUAAACCACUUUUUAGCAAUUGUAUUUUUUUUCCUGAUUAUAUUUUUUAAUGUACUUUGAUGUUUAUGCUGAUGAGUUUUUUAUGUACUUUUGGUGAUGUUUCAGUCUUAUGUACUCUUCUGACGUCAGAAAAGUACCACUGGUUGUUUGCAGUCUUAUUGUGUAAUCAGCCUACCACAGGCUUCCAUGUAUAAUAAAGUAAUUAAUAUUGUGCAAGUGUAAAACACUUCUGUUAUGAAAGCAGUGUUUGGAAAAUAAGAAAUUAUUAAAAAUGGUUACAAAAUAUUAGUUAAUUUCCUUUCCCCACUUUUCCUCCCUUGAGUCUGCUUACCAGCUAAAGGGUCACCUAUUUGUCAUUGCAAGAUUCUUAGAAAAUGUGUUUAAUCCUCUUAAAUUUACACUCAAUACUAAAAAAAAGUCUCUAUUUCUUAUUUUGGUAAGUGCGGUAAGUUCUAUUGGGUACAGAGUACAAGCUGUAAUCAAAGGAUGGAGAGGACCUUUACCACUGUAUCUCUUAAACUGUAUGAUUUUUCUCCAGUGUUUGUUUUAUACAGGUUUUGAAUUUCUUUAACUUUUAUUGUGUGUACUGAAUACUGCAUAUGUAUUAUUCUGAUUGUUUGCUCUAGUUUACUACCAAUAAAAGACCUGUUAAUCACAAAA